AUGCAUUACCUUAACAUCUGUGAAAUUGUGAAAUGUGUAACUAAUAGUGACGGUUACAUGUUGAUGCUGCUGCUCGUGAGCCACACGAUGUUCAUAGAGGUCUCUUGGCAUAAAGCGAUUGUCUGGCGUUCCGAUACUUCAACAGGACUAUACUCCUAUAUCUUACUUUUAAUCUCACAAAGUAUCGUGUACGCUGUCACACUGAUCCUGUUCAUAGAUUUCUUUCAUCAAACACAUAAGCAGAUGGAGCGAACACGGCAAAUAGUGAUCACUCUUAAAUAUCACAGAUGUGAUGAGGAAAAAGUAAAUAAUGAGCUGGAGACGUUCAACCGUAUGUUGUUGCUGAACAAGACCACGUAUUCACCGCUCAAUAUGUUCACAUUGUCGAGAUCUCUGGUUGGCAAGAUCUUCAGCGGCAUCGUGACGUACCUUGUUACUAUAUUGACUUAUUCAAAUGAAUCUAAUGUCGACAUUAACUCGUUCUUGUGAACAUUAUAUGCACACCGUUUUUCGUUGUUUUUGAUUGUAAUAAAAUGAUUUGAAAAGCGUUAACUUUUUGUCACCUCUGUAUGUUAGGGAUGCUUUACUUAUGACAAUAAAAGGCUCUUUUUGGUA